AUGGAGGGCGGCGGUGACGGAGGCGAGGCGCGAGGCGGCGGCGGCGGCGGCGGCGGCGGCGGCGGCGAACGGCGGCACCGAGUCUCGGUGAGCGGCGGCGGGAGGAGGAGCAGCGGCGGCGCUCGCUCGCUGUUGGCGGGAGCGCUUUUGAGCCUGGGAGCCCAUGCCACUGCGACCGGCGUGCCCGGGAACGGAGAUCGCGCGCGCGCCGCCACUCACGACGCGCGCGCGAUCUUCGCGGAGUCGGGUCCCCAGAGGGAAGCGGUCUUCUCGGCCGACGUCCAGCGGCGCGCAAGGAAGCAGGCGCAGCGGAGGCGGCCUAGCACCGGCUCGGCGCCGGGCGGUUGCGCUGCCCGCGAGCCGCGUCCUGAGCCUCGGCAGCGCGCUUCGCGGCGCGGCGCUCGCGCUGCUUCUGUGCCGAGAGCGGCAUGA